AAUAUUUUGCUACGAAUAACUGUCGAAUUUGAAACAACAGCAACACAUCCACAUAUUUGUCCGUUAGUCGUGACUUCGUAUAUUGAUCAGCGAUGAACUAAUAGGUUGCGAACAAAAGACGACUCUUUGCAAGAUUACGACUCAAAUCACAUAUGAUAUGCUGAUCAAUGACACACAAAAGUAGUAAUAAUUUGUCAAAAUUUUUAUCCAAUAUAUUUUUACUGCAUAUUUUAGUCCAAGUAAUAUACUAAUCACCUCAUGAACUUUAUUUUUGACAUGUGAACUCCUCUUUUUUUCGCAUAACAAAUUGUUUACUGCUUCAAACGAAAUUUUUCAAAUACAUCAAAAGAAAUUUAUAAUCAUGUAGAUUUUGUAGGUUACGUGAGUAAUAGAAGCAAGCAUAACAAGUUGUUCACAUACUAGAAAUGAAACUCAUAAUUAUGCAGGUUAUAUAAAUAAACUAUAUACAGCUUUGAUAAAUUGUAUAGCCACAAAUCUAAACAAAUGUUUGCCUAGAUCUUGUUCUCCCAAAUUUUGCAGAAAUUGCUUGGACAACUUGUUUAAUUGUUGACCGAAUAUUUUUAAGAAUCAUGUAAGAGAAUAUUGGCUGUGACAUAUUACCCCAUUCUCCCUUCCUCCACAGUUCUAAGGAAAAGAAAAUUUAGUUGAUUAAAUAAAUUUUUGGUAAAAUAUGAACGAAGUAGAAAUUCCGGUUGAAUUCAUCAAAAUUCUGAUCCAGUUAAUAACAUUCCCGGUCCAACCAAACAUUUUUUCGUGUUGUGUGCGCGGAAACAUAAUAAUUCUCCAUAUUUUAAUAUCAAAAUAUAUAUGAACACACUAGAAAUUCCGGUUAAAUUUACCAAAAUUCUAUCCGAAUUAACAAAAUUUAUAACUUAUAUUUUAUCAGGAAUUGAUUAAUCCAAUCAGAUAUUUCUUCCAUGUUAAGAGCGGAAACAUGAUAAUUCUUAAGAUCUUAGUAGAUCUCAUAUUCUCGCUAGAAUCCAAUUUGGUUUAAAAUUGCAUUUGAAUAAGAAUGACACGAACGAACUGACACAAAUGAACUGACACGAAUUAAAUAAGCUGCGUAUAGCAUAUUGUGUGUAGCAUAUCGUGCGAAAAAGAGAAGGACUCUUCAAAUUUCGUAGGUGUUGAUUUAUGCAUUAUUCGGAAUAAAAUACGCAUCUGAGAGGAAACAUCUCGCUCGAGAAAUUUACUGUUUUUAAAGAAAGAAUAUGUGUUACGCGAAGCAUAUCAACGUUGUAAUAAUGCGAUAGCUAUUAAUGGACGGAUGUUUGAUUAGGAAGCACGAUUAACUCGUUCAAAACUUGUGCGUAGUGCGCGUAUCAUCAGAGACACUCGCCCAUUACAUAACCGGCAAUUUGACAUUUCUAACUUGAUUGUGGCGCGUAGAGAUAUAAGGGACGAGUUCUGAUAAGCAAAUGGAAAAAUUCCUAGAUAAUCUAGUUGAUACACGUUGAUCACGUGUAAAUUUUUCAUGGAAUCACCUUUUUCAAUUAAGUGCUGAAUUCUGUCAUCACAAAAUUGAUGUUCAUAUAUUGUAUCCACAUAUUUUAUGUCUCCAAAUAUGUGUGAGCGCCGCUUAUACUUAAUUCCAUUGAAUUGUCGAGUUGUAUGAUAAAUUUAGCGAGCGGCAUUGUCCUCGACCUCUGCUUCGCCUUUUAAAAUUGACCGCUUAGACAAAAGAAGCGUUGCUCAAUUGCUGUAACGACGUCGCGCCGCUCAACAUUUCAUCAUUGACGAUCUUUCAGUGACCUACACUUCAAUUAAAGCCAUGUAUGAAUCAUUAUCUUUAUACGGGGAUUUGUCCGUUCUGACAAACCUCUUUCGAAAUUUCUUUCCUUCGUUCUUCCACUUGUCUCUCAGUGAAUCGAAAUGCUCCGAUCGCAUUUGGUUUACCUAAUCGAACGUCGAUUAAUUGCGAAUUCGCCGGAGAAAAACGAUUUCAAAUCUCGCAAUAGCAAUUAUGGCGAAAGAGCUGAGGCAAACAAGAGUGAUGUAGCGGCUAGAUAACAGGUGAAAUACUUCACGAUGAUUUUAUCGUAACCGACUUUGCACAAUUUAUACGCACAUACACUGAAAGUUUCUAUGAGUAUAAACGCUUAUAUUACCUUAUCUGUCUAAUUUAGAAAAUAUCCGUCUGAAAAUAACGAGCACGAUAUGUGUCGCAGAAAUGUUCGUAAAUUCCACCUAAAGGAGAAACUUGACAUUGAAAUACUUUAAAGCAGUAAGAAUAUGAAUUUAAUGGUAUUUAAAAUUUCGAAAAUGAAAAUGUUGAAAAAGAAACAUUUGUUUUGAAGGGGAACAAUUAAAAAAAGAGAUGUCAAAAUCUUAGAGAAAAUGUCUAAUUAAGAAUUUCACGAAAUUUUGCUUGUCGCUAAACAAUUCCUAAUCAGAGUUGUGCUCCGGAACGUUCAUAGGCACGUGCAGCUCGGUCGAUGCCGACGAAUAGAGUUGCUUCUCAAAUACUUGAGUCUGGGCACGUGUUGUCGAGAUAGUCGAGUUAGCCAGAAUGAAGUAUAUAAGCCGCAAGAGUCUCGUCGUUCGAUAUUCCGACGGGACCUCUUGAAGCGCGAGGGAACAGGAGGGUUCAGUAGAGACAGCAGGGGGAGAAGAGCGGAGUUCAAGAAGAGGUACGAGGUCGGAUCAAGAAAGACAACACAUGACCGAGUACGGAACAAUGUGUGUAUAUAUAAAAGAACGUGUAUCCGUGACGGUACUCGCCGGAUGCCGAGUUAUGGUAAACAGGAAAUCAACCGUUGGAGACGAAUCCACAAAUAGAGGAGUUAUCAUGAGGAAACCCUAGCCGCGUUCGCUCUCUAAUCGUUCGCUAAAAAAUGAGUCAUGGUCGACGUCGUCGACGACGACGUUGCUCGUCAUCGUCAUAAGUUGAACUAGUCGAUGGUAGGGGAACUUCAGGUACGGCUAUGCAAGAACCGAAACCAUGUAAAGCAAAAUGCGUGCUUCUACAAUGUUUCAGAAGCGCUCCUCUCGAAGGAAGCGGAAUUCCGAACAAUUAAAGACAUUCAAGUGGAAAUUCAUUGUAAAAUUGUCUCGUGUUUUUUAUUAUCCUUUAUUAUCUCGUCAAUUUUCUUACUUCAGAAAAGAUUAUUAUCUUAUCUUAUUGAUAAUCCUCUGCCAUCUCUCUAUCUUUCCUUAUCUCACCAUUUAGACCUGCAUCAGAUAUGGGAAAAGAAAUAUUUUAAAGUGACAUCAUCUACUUUUGUAUUUACUCAUAACGUUACAUGAUAAUCGUAAAAGAUAAGAUGCAUCAAGUUAUAGCAAACGUGUCUUGUGUACGUUAUACCUUGAAAAUCAGGAAUGCAUCCUGAAUAACAGACGUUGCAUUAUAAAAUAUGAGUUACGUACUUUGAACCGCGGUCGAUAUAUCGUAAAGGAGCAAUAUUCGUCGAACGAUGACCGCUGCAUCUGGAAAUGUAUAUUACACAAUGAGCGAUAUGGUUGUUCGCACUGCACGGCGAUUUCAAACUUUUCCAGUUGAUCUGCGUCGUUAGUUUAACAAGAACAAUCGUGAAGAAGCCAGAUAAAAUUUAUCUGGCGUCUGUCUCGUAAAUAGCGAUUGCGUGUUUUGCGGGCGCGCGUGAAAUGGAAAGUGCGUACAGUUAGCAUUCAGCCGGAGCUUCAUAUCCGUUCAUAUCUGCAGCUGUUGGCCCUCGAUGAGGUACCCGAUCUAGAUACGUUCCUGGAACUGGGUUUGCCACGACACAGGGCGCAAGUCUUCUCCGGCUCGGUCUCUGUGCCAAACUGUUCCUUCGAUUCGCUCGCGUUCAGAGGCCUUUCGCAACUCGGAGCAAGUAAAUUGCCGCUCUUCGUUGCGGUUAAUCACAGCUGUGUUUCUCAGUGUUCCUUCUGUGUGAGGGUCUUCUUUCGGAGGUGCCGGAGUCGCGCGCGUCCGCUCGUCAGCGAUACAUCAGCUUCGUUGCUGUGCCAGCCAAGAAUCAGCAAUUUCGGAGCUGUGCAUUCUGAAACGACGGCUUCGCGCCGCCAUUUUAACACGAGCACGUUGUCUCGAAUUUCUACGGACUUGGAGACGACUUGUCGACGGACAACUCGCAUUUUCACCUGCGGCACGUACCUUACUCUCGCGCUACUGCGAGACGCAUCAGCCCGGUCUGUCGGUGGCAACACCACGGAUGAGCGCCGCGCCGAGGAAACAUCCGCGCGCAAAGUGACUUCCAGCAGGAGGGUGACUUUUUCUUUUCCGUUUCCUAAUUUGCUAGUGACGGGGGAAUACCAGACAACUGCGGCAGCAACGUGUAUCGGCACUAUGAGCAAGAUGCUAGACACAAACUAUCGCACCGUGUUCUCUGUACUUAGAAGUCCUGAGGAGGGUGAAGCGUUUAAGCGGAUCAUCUGAAAGAAUCGUGCUGCGAAAGAAAGAGGGUCGUCGUCGUCGUCGUCGUCGACCGUGUUCCGCGAGGACAAUCGAGUUAUCACAAAAGUGUGAAUUACCGUGCACCGGUGUACCGUAUACGGGAGAUCCCGUUUCUUUCUCUCUCUCCCUCUCUACUCUCUCUCCCUCUCUAUCUCUGUCUCUUUAUCUCUUUAUCCGUCUGACACGCGAAUUUCGCGUAUUCCCAGAUUUCGAGGAUUGCAGACGUCGCUGUUGACGUAACCGGCGACUUAAAUAUAGAUUCGUGACUCGCGGAUUCUCGUAACGCAUUAUCUCCCGUAACAUCGCGCAAUCUCUUUCUCAUACACGGAACUGUAUCGAUCGUUUCGAUCGUGGAAGAAGAAGGACGACUUACUCGAGCUCCGGAUCAAAUCCAAGUGUGUGCGCACGUCAAGGAGAAUCCCUUUUUUCUACGAAGGACCAAGGAAACAUUUCUCCGCGGGAAAAACGAAGCGUGCGCGCGCGUAAAAACCGAACUGUCGUAACCCUUCUGCCGAUCGAGACGUCCCGACGGCAACCCCGGAUACUCCUAUAACCCGUAAUGUAUUUGCGAUCGCGCCAAGGAGCAGCACAAGGGAGGCACGAGCACACAAGAGAGCCGGUAGGAGCUGGUGCAGCGGCCGCGAACGGCCACGGAGAGCCCGGAUCGUCCUCGAGGGCCAAGGGUGGGACGAGAAAAGCGGCGAACCGGCGCGAUCUAGCGUCACCGCGGCCGCUACGAGGCGGCUCAGGCAGGAGCGCUUCGGGCCUGGUGUGCCUGAAACGCGGCAUGAGCGAGGGUGAACGAGCGGUCACCACGCCACGAAUCGGCUGGCGAAAGCUCACCGACCCCGGCGACUGACACGAAUCCAGGAAGCCGAGGGCAGGUCCGAAGCGAUAGCACCAGCUACCGCUCGCCCGUCAGCAUCCUCAUUCUCCUGCCGCCCCCUCGACGAUCGUCAUCUGCGGUUUGCGGUACAGCCGCCUUGAAGACCAGCCGGCCUUCGCACGUAGAACAACGUCGUCGUCGUCGUGGUCGCCGCGCGCCGGAGGAGGCUCGCGUCAGCUCGAUGCCGGUCAAAUGCCGGAGAACACGUCGCCGAGAGCCGCUGCGAGGACCCUGAAGAGAGACCCCGAAAUGGCGGGAAAUCGGUGUCGGUAGCAGACGGGGUGAUCGUCCCGAAGAACGCGACCGUUCAAGCGGCACCACACCCUGGUACCUCGCAGCUUACCGACCGUCUUCGGCACCUCCUCCGUCUUCUUCUCUACUCCUUCUACUUCUUCACCUACUUCUUGUACUUCUUCUUCUCCUUCGCCUUCGCGUCUACGUCCCGGCUGAACUCUUUAGUCACGGUGAUUCGUUAUCGCGACUCUGUUGCGUAUCGACCAAUUGGAAGAGGUCACGAGGAACGGCGAAGCGGACAAUAAUUAAUAAAUCAUUAAGGCUAAUGCUAAUAAUAUGUUAUAGCAAGAAAAGCAAUUACGCGGCAGGCAAGUCGAGGGAAAACAGAUAGCGCGUCAGGCAAGUCGAACGGGAUCGUAAUCCCUUGUUAUCGUAGUCCUUUAUGAAUAGUUUUCGUUUCCUUUACAAGGGACGACAAUAGAGAAAAGUAAAAUAAAAGGUUGGGGUGCCAGGUAACAAGAAGGCAGAAACGUUCACGAUAGAAGCCUCUCUUGCGCUCGUACGUGAGUUCUCUCCUUCAGUUGCUCUUUGCUUUCCACGCGUUCGGUUUAUCCGUGUCUCCGGUAUUCGCGAGUAUGCAGCCCACGCCGAACAAACUGAACCUGAGCUUCGCCAGGAACGCUUACAGCGUCUUCGGUAGCCGCAACGCAGCUGCCGUAAACGAACAUCAGCGCGAGCAAAAGACAGAACUGCUAGAGGGCAACAAGGCCAACGGCCUCCUGCAUCUGAAGAAUGGCGUGGACUACAUCAAUCCCGGUGAAGAAGAUCAAAUGGAAAUCUAUGGCUACAAGAGAAAUCGCGCGCGCGUCAUCAUCACCUGGUUCCUCAUCACUAUCACCGGAGGUUUUCUCAGGCUGGUCUUCCACUGGGUGCCGCAUUUUAUGCUUGUGGCCACACAUUCCAAAUGCUCGUUAGAGGAAGCGGAAACUGUCUUGCUGAUCGAGAGAUUUCAAGGAAAACACACGAGUUAUUACGUGAAGAAGCUGACUGUCUUAACCGCUCGGGGAGUUGCGAAACCCUUCGACGGAGAAUCUUUAAUUGAUAAUGAACCAUGGGCGGAAAAUGCGAUAACCGUCAAGGAGGACGACGGCAACGGACCAAUGUUGUCUUUGCAUCUUUGCGAGGGUCAAUUUAAACAGGUGUCGUCCAUCGUCGUUUUCAAUUGCAAGAAGUUGACUUACGUCUGGGACCCGGAAAGAUCAGAAUUUCUGAAGCUGCGCGGCCUUGAUGUUGAUGUCCUGACAUCAUCGUUGCAUCAAAUGCAAGGUCUCAGUUCUCAGGAACAAUACAUGAGGCGUAGCGUUUAUGGUAACAACGAGAUCGUGAUUCCCGUGAAGAGCAUAUGCACGUUGCUCUGCCUCGAAGUGCUUAACCCGUUCUACGUCUUCCAACUAUUCAGCUUUUGUCUGUGGAUCGCGGACGACUAUUAUUACUAUGCCGUAGUCAUCCUCAUAAUGUCAAGCGCUGGCGUCAUAAUGGCAGUUUUCCAGACGCGACACAAUCAGCAAAAUCUACGAUCGACGGUGUACUCGUCUGACGUCGCCACGGUCAUGAGAGAUCGUAUGACUGGUCAGAUCGAGACAGUGCCUGCCGAGCGUUUAGUGCCCGGUGAUAUCUUGGUUAUUCCGUCUCAUGGUUGUCUAAUGCCCUGCGACGCUGUGUUGCUGACCGGCAAUUGCAUUCUGAAUGAGUCCAUGUUGACGGGCGAAUCAGUGCCCGUCACGAAGACACCAGUUCCUUCCUCUAACGAUAUCAUAUACAAUGCCAAAGAACAUGCCAGACAUACACUUUUCUGCGGUACCAGAGUCAUUCAAACGAGAUACUACGGGAGUGAAAAGGUUUUAGCGUUGGUCAUUAGAACUGGUUUCAACACCAGCAAAGGCGGUUUGGUGAGAUCCAUCAUGUAUCCUCCACCCGUUGAUUUUAAAUUCGAGCAGGAUUCCUACAAAUUUGUCAUGAUGUUAGGGUGCAUAGCUGGCAUAGGCGUCAUCUAUACCAUUAUAACCAAAAUAAUAAGAAACAUACAGCCCAGCCAUAUCACUUUGGAAGCAUUGGAUCUCAUUACUAUUGUGGUGCCACCGGCAUUACCAGCAGCAAUGACUGUCGGACGAUUAGUAGCGCAACGUAGAUUAGAGAAAAAGAAAAUAUACUGCACCAGUCCUAGGACAAUCAACGUAUCUGGCUCCAUCGAUUGUAUUUGUUUUGAUAAGACUGGAACGCUAACCGAGGACGGUUUGGACAUGUGGGGUGUGGUGACGGUUUCAGAUAGGAAAUUCCAAUUACCAGUGAAGGACAUUGUUAGUCUACCGUUAUCAGAAGCUCUUAUCGGAAUGGUUACGUGCCAUGGAAUUACUAUAAUCGAUAAUCAACUUGCGGGAGAUCCUCUUGAUCUAAAAAUGUUUGAGUCCACCGGCUGGACAUUGGAAGAACCUGAUGUAUCUGAUACAUCCAAAUUUUCUAUGCUCUUCCCGACCAUCGUCAGGCCAGCGAAAGAUUCUAAGUUGCUGAAAAAGAUCCCCAAUGAUUUGUGCGACACCCUUAGUCGACAGAACUCAAUGUCUUCCGAUGUGAUCGAUGGUAUAUCGCUGAACAAUCUCGAUGCUGCGUUCGUCGGUUCCGCAACGGAAUUGGGCGAACAGGGCUUGGAGGUGGGCAUUGUUCGACAAUUUCCUUUCACAUCAACUCUCCAGAGAAUGAGCGUGAUCACUAGAACUUUAGGAGCGAAUCAUUACGAUCUCUAUUGCAAGGGUAGUCCCGAAAUGAUUCUUAGUCUGUCCAAAGCAGAAUCCAUUCCUCCAGAUUUCGCAGCGGUUUUACAAGAGUAUACGUCUGAGGGUUAUCGAGUGAUCGCUCUCGCGCAUAAAUCCUUGAACCGUCUUCCAUAUGCCAAGGUACAGCGCAUGAAUCGAGAGGCUGCUGAGAUCGAUUUGACCUUCCUAGGAUUUGUAGUAAUGGAAAAUCGACUGAAGCCCGAGACGUCGCCAGUAAUAGCAGCGUUGAAUACUGCUUGUAUCAAAACAAUAAUGGUGACGGGUGACAAUAUGCUAACUGCUCUCUCAGUAGCUAGAGACUGCAAUAUUGUGAAGCCAGGCACGCCGGUGAUUGUGGUCUCGACGAACCAAUAUAAUCAAUUGAAACCGCAAAUUUACUUCACAAAGAGCGACAGCCAACCGUCGCCUACUUCGCCGAAUGGUCAGCCCGACCUCAGUGAAAUGACCGACUUGAACAGCGUGGUCAGUUUGGAAACCGUGGAGAGUGGUUCCUUCGCUAACACCAAGCUGGAGAACGAUAUUGAUUAUUUGUCGAAUGACGUACAAUAUUCCAAAAACAAAUACGUGUUUGCGUUGACGGGAAAGACAUGGGCAACAGUAAAACAACACUAUCCCGAUUUGAUACCCAAGCUGGUCACCCGCGGCGCCAUUUUUGCAAGAAUGUCGCCCGACCAGAAACAACAAUUGGUUCAAGAACUGCAGGCCUUAGGAUAUUAUGUCGCCAUGGUAGGAGACGGUGCUAACGAUUGCGGUGCAUUGAAAGCGGCGCACACAGGAAUCUCCUUGUCAGACACAGAGUCAUCAGUUGCGUCACCCUUUACUAGCCGCGAGACCAAUAUCUCUUGUGUGCUGACGGUGAUACGUCAGGGUCGAGCCGCGUUGGUCACGUCCUUCGGCAUUUUCAAGUACAUGGCCGGUUACUCGCUCACGCAGUUCAUCUCGGUGAUGAACCUCUACAGCAUCGACUCUAAUCUGACGGACGUUCAAUUUCUGUACAUCGACCUCUUCAUUAUUUCUAUAUUCGCUUUCUUCUUCGGCCGCACCAAGGCAUACGAGGGUCCGCUGGUGAAAACGCCGCCGCUCAACAGUCUCAUUAGCACGUCACCGAUAUUCAGUUUGAUUACGCAGAUCGUGAUAGUUGCUAUCUUCCAGUACAUGAGCUUUUGGCAUCUGCAACAGAUGCCAUGGUUCGUACCGUUUAACUCAACUGCGCUGGAAGAUAAAGAUGAUGUAGGCUGUUUGGAGAAUUACACCAUCUUCAUCGUCAGCUCUAUGCAGUACAUCAUCUUAGCGGUAGUGUUCUCCAAGGGACCGCCCUACAGGAAGUCGCUUUUCACCAAUUAUGGUCUGCUUACCUCAUUCGUGUUUCUGAGUCUCUUCUCCGUCUAUCUCGCGAUAUGUCCUUUCGAGUGGCUGGCCAAUUGGUUCGAGCUCGUGAUGCCCAAAGACCUCGUCUUUCGCUUCUUCCUGGUCGGCUACGGUAUGGUGAACUUCGUGAUCGCGUUGUUAAUCGAGCGCUUCUUUGUGGAGUAUCUCGUCUUCGGCAAGCUGCGUUACCAUUGGCACGACGUGGAUAAGUCCCGGCGAAAGUUCCUGGCGAUCGAGCGCGAUAUGGCGAACGACCUCAAGUGGCCGCAGAUCUCGCAGGAGCCAUUGCCAGAGAUCACGUCCAACAUACCGAUCCGUCAGAAUGUUACCGAGAUCAAGAUCGAGAAGAGAAUCGCCGAACCUUGCCACCCCGCCGACACCAGUUUUAUGAACAGCUCGCCUGUUUGCGCCGGCUUCAAGCACUUCGGCUCCGCUCGCGAAGUCACCCUGAAUCCUAGAUCGCUUUUCGAUCAUUGCCGAAACACAGUGUCCAUGCAGACGGUGCCCUGCUUCGAAGACACGGACUCAUUGCCGAAGCAAUCGAACGUGGAGCCUGUAUCGAAGCGACGACACAACUCGGAAUCGGAAAAUGGUAUCAAUCGUUUCGAGAAACCCUUCAUGAACCACAACACCAAUCCUAUCGCCACGUUACCUAGGAACCCCAACGCGACUCUCCAGCCGCAGAAACUUCAAAGAGACUUCAAGGAUGUUCUGGUGCACAAGAGCGAUGACCGGGUGUCACCUGGGAACACUCACAGCGUGCUCGAAUUGGACAUUCUGCCGUCCUGAGGAUUGAAGCACUCAAAGGACCGAUCGAAUGGUAGCUGAACACAGCCGUGAGAUCUUACGAAACGUUAAUUAACUCGGAGUAUUAUUAGAUUACUUGUAAUCUCUCGUCACUCUGAACCGACGCGUUUGAAGCGUCGUUAGAGUGAUAAUCGCGAGACUGUGGACAGUUUCGCAAUAGGCUCAGUGAAUCCCGCGACUUUGCCACUUCAGACGCCAAACGCUGUACAAUCUCGAUCUCCCCUUCCAUUCGCUACUUGUGAUAUCCAAGAUAUGUAUUUGAUAUCGGUCGUCAACGUUUUAGUUUUAUGUAAAGAGUCAGCAGCUCGUAUUACGUCACCGAUCAGACAAAUCCGAGACGAUGCAUUUAGCCUGUCGCGGUGACUAACGAUUCUUUAAAGUCAUAGUUGGGAAAUAACGCGUUACUUUCAUUUUUGUUACUGUUGUUUCUUCUGAAGAACUUAUUAAAAAUGUCGUGUAUUUUCUUUUUUCCUCUAUAUCAAUAAGUGACGCGAAUAUAUUUGUUUAAGCAACACAGCAACAUAGAAACAUUAUUCUUAUUUUUAUGCACAUGCAAUAUGGAAUAUUAAAUAUUGCUUGAUUAACGAUAACGGUAAAGGUAACGGUAAAUGUAACGGGUUACAUGUUAAUUUUAAAAAGUAAAUUUCCCAACUAUAUCAAGUUAUAUAAAUGAUACGAGUAAUAAGAAUAAGCCGAAUGUAGGACUAAAUUAAAUUGAACCGGUAGAGAGCAUACGUUGCUCUCUCUUUCUCUCUCUUUCUCUGUCUCUCUCUUUCUCUGUCUCUCUCUUUCUUUCUCUCUUUUCCUUUCUUUCUCUCAAGUUACACUUAGAAAGAAUUAAUGUGUCGCAAUUAAGGUAUUAAUCAAUUUCCCAGCCGGUGGGCCGUUCUAGCUUCGGCUUAUUUUUUAAUCACUGACUCAAGUCAGGGUCCCUCUUGACCUCUUUCGCACUCGUCCCUUUUUCCUUCGACCCUCGUUAGUAUUCGAAAGCGACAUGCUCGAGAGAAAGUAUUAUUGUUAUUUAUCUCUUAGGCCUAUUUUACACGAUCUAUAAUUCGCCACAGGGAUUCUCCUCGUGAUGCCAUGCGCUGUGCAAUACGGAAAGUUCUUUCAGAUAUUCACUCGCGUAGAGAAUUUUGCCACGAAUUCUGCCCCGAAUUACAGAUCGUCCGAAAUGGAUCUUAGAUAGAAACGGAACAAUUCUAUAUGAGAACUCCAUUUAAGGGAGAAUCUUCCACAUGGAGCACCGCGCGAAUUAUAUCUCAAGAAUAUAUAUAUAGAUAUAUAUAUAUAUAGAUGUGUAUUUAUAUCCUUACAUAGACGUUGUCACAUGAGGCUAGAGCGGAACGAAAGCUACUGUCUUUCCUCACACUGCGGUUCAAACGAAUACUUAAACGAACUCGCAUUCUUGAUAUGUGUCUCACGUUUUCACUCUCCGGAUCACAUCGCGUUUCCUCUGAAUAAACAAAAAUACUAAAAUUAACUUUUCUUCCUCUCUUCCUCUCACUCUUUUUCUCUCUUUAGGCCGCUACUCAUCCGAGCACUCAUGUUCUCGUUUAUCGCAUUUUUUUAUCUCUGAAUUUUAUUCGCAUACGUUUGAGCAGCAAGAUCAAUUUACAAGACGUGCCUGUGCGUGUUGUAUUUCGCGCGAAAAUGACUUGGAUAUAUAACAACUGCAGAUAACAAUCGAGUCACGAUAGCAAUUGAUUCGUCGUUCCCGCUAUCGCUCCUCUCGAGGAUCAUUCCACGAUGGGAAAUUGGAUCAUUAAACUAGAGACGAUGUGACGAUACAAAGGAAUUGGUGGUUGCUGAGGGGAAGGGAAAUGCGUAUUACAUAUUGUAUUUAAUAAUGUAACUAUACCCUGAGUACUCUUCGCAAUGUUAAAAUAAAAUAAGCGAGAUACGUAUUGUUAAAAGUAACUAUCGAAAUGAAUGUGUACUUACAGAAUGUAUGCAACGCAAAUAGAUACUUAAUCGCGUCGGUCUACUCGCGAUGCUAUAGCUUGUGUUGAGAAGUAGCGGUUGUCAAAUAAAACAUGUUUUUAAUGUAAA